AUGAACACCCAUACUACAGAACAAUGCUGUCCUGAUCUUUGUGAACGUAAAGAAGUUGUUGUUAUUGGUAAUGGACCAUCCGCUAUUGUUCUAUCUUAUAUUCUUUCCGGUCAUAUACCUUAUUGGAACGGUUGUCCUGUAUCGAAUGACUAUUUAAAUAUAAAAUUAGAACAAUAUGUUAAAGAUACAUCUUUACUUGAACAGGAUUUAGAAUUUUUAUCCGAUGGUCUUGAAGGUCGAUCAAGAAAUCCUGUUUCAUUACUUAUUGAUAAUUUAGUCCAUCCAGAUGCUGACCUUGGUGCACAUUUACAAUCGAAAAUAAAAUGGCGUCAUGAUCCAUCAUUGAACAUUGAUCAUAUUUGUCUUGGACGUGGUGGUAUAGGUGGUGUUUGGAAUCAAUUAACAUCGAAACAAUUACAAACAGUUAGUAUGGCUGACUGGAUGGAAUUACCAAAUUAUCCAAUGUCAACAUUUCGACAACAACGUCGAGCAUGUCGUAGUCGUUUAUUAACAAAUAAUGAUCAAUCAACCAUAAAGACGGAUGAUGUAUCUCUACGAGCAACUUAUGAUGAAGUUCGAUCAUAUUAUAUUCAUUAUGUUAAACGAAAUCGUUUAACAAAUAAUUUUCGUAAUGGUUGUGAAGUAACAUCAAUUAAACGUGUGUCUGUUGAUGCACCAUUUUAUGAUGAUGUUGCAGAAGAAAUUCAUACACCAGAACCAUUAUGGGAAAUACGUGGUUAUAAUGAACAAACCAAAGAACCAUUUAUAAUACAUACGAAAUAUGUCGUAUUAGCAACUGGUAUACCACAAAAUAUAACAAGGCCAUUAGGAAUAAUUGGUGAACAAGCAAGUAAAUCAUUUACUUAUACAACAUUACAUGAUAUAGAAGAAUUAAUUAUAAAUAAAAAGAAAUUAACACAGAAUAGUAAACCUGUACUGGUUAUUGGAUGUGGUUUAACAGCUAUUGAUAUACUUCUUUUAUGUCAAGAAUAUUCAAUACCUGUUUUACAUGUAUUUCGUCGAGCCAUUGAUGAUCAUGAACUUGUACUCAAUCAAUUGCCUGCCAAUGUUUUUCCUGAAUAUGAACGUAUUAGAGAAUUAAUUAGACAAUCAGUAACUACAACAACAACAACAACAACAACAUCUACGUCAUUAUCAUCAUCUCAAUGGUCUUAUCAAUGUUGUCCACAAAGUGAAAUUAUUUCAAUAACUGAAGAUGGUGCAGUUUAUAUACGUAAUCUUCGUACUCAUAUAACAACGGACUAUGAUAUAUCAGUCGUGGCUAGACUAACUGGUUCUGAUGUGACUAUUCCUUUCCUUUCAUCGUUGACCGUGAAAAAAAAUAAUGGUCUUCAUAUUAACCCUUAUACAUACGAAUGUAUCGAUUUUGAAAAUAUUUAUGCAUUAGGUCCAUUAGCCGGAGAUAAACUCGUUCGUUUCUUGCAAGGAGGUGCUCUUGCAUGUGCUGCAAGUCUGUUUAAAAAACAUCGACAAGCAUCAUCUAAUAAUAAUAAUAAUAAUAGUAUAUUAUCAUUCACCGUUACUCCUCGAGUUAGAAUUGUUGCAUAG